GCUGCACAGCCAAGAAGACAUGCAUACCCAUGGCAUAGAAUUGGAGGCUCUUUUAUGUAUUUUUGCUGCCUCCUGAACUCCAAACGAGCUCUUGAGCGCAUUACGGCCGUGCAUGUUCCUGAUGUUUUCGGGAGAAUUUUACGCACGAGUUGACCGGCGAAGGUGAUGACCCACUGAGUUUAAAGUUAUUGUGACGUCUGAUAUUUCUUCAGUAUGACAGAUUCAAACUUAAGGAACGACAGCAACGAAGCUCUAAAUGGAUCGAAUGUGGAUCUUAUCUUUCCCAACGACAGCACAACAGCGUGUUUGAACUUGACAUUGGACUUUCGAUCCGUGUGGCUGGGGCUUUUUCUCGCCUUAUUUAUUCUGGUGGCGAUCGUGGGAAACAUUUUGGUCAUUCUGUCCGUGUUGUGCAACAGCCACUUGCAGACGGUGACCAACUUCUUUAUAGUGAACUUGGCCAUGGCGGACCUGCUGCUAAGCAUCGUGGUGCUGCCUUUCUCCGCCUCUCUUGAGGUUCUGGGCUGCUGGGUGUUCGGCCGGGUGUUCUGCAACAUCUGGGCGGCGGUGGACGUGCUGUGCUGCACAGCCUCCAUCCUCAGCUUGUGCAUCAUCUCUGUGGACCGCUACAUCGGCGUCAAACACUGCCUCAAGUACCCAAGCAUCAUGACCGAGAGGAGGGCGGGUGUCAUCCUGGUUCUGGUGUGGGUGUCGUCGGUUGUCAUCUCUGUUGGACCGCUCCUGGGCUGGAAAGAACCACCUCCCGUGGACGAGAGCAUCUGUAGAAUCACCGAGGAGCCAGGAUACGCGCUCUUCUCCUCCCUCUUCUCCUUCUACCUUCCGCUCCUGGUCAUCCUCAUUAUGUAUUUUCGGGUUUACGUGGUGGCCCGUAGGACAACCAGAAGUCUGGAGGCAGGUGUUAAGCGGGAACGAGACAAGUCCAUGGAGGUGGUUCUGAGGAUCCACUGCCGCAGCGUGUUGGAGGAUACGCGCGCGGUCAGCUCCAAAAGCAACAAGCAGCACCCGUUCAGGGGCUCGCUCUCCGUGCGCCUCAUGAAGUUCUCGAGGGAGAAAAAAGCGGCCAAAACCCUCGCCAUCGUCGUGGGGAUGUUUAUUCUGUGUUGGAUGCCUUUUUUCUUCUUUUUGCCCAUGGGAGCCUUCUUUCCAGCGAUGAAGCCAUCAGAGACAGUAUUUAAGGUGGUCUUUUGGCUGGGCUACUUCAACAGCUGCAUCAACCCCAUGAUCUACCCUUGCUCCAGCAAAGAGUUCCAGCGGGCUUUCACCCGCCUCCUCAGGUGUCACUGUCACCGCAGACGAAGGGCUCUGCGUCGCUUCUACGACCAGAAGUGGCGCUCGGCUGUCAAGGGAAUAGCAUUGGAACAAACAGGACAACACGAGUGUGGCUAUACCGUGCAAAGCUCCUGUGGCAGCUCUUUGAUAAGCAAGCCAGGGGGGAGUUUAAAGAGAUGGAACCUGUUUCCACCGCUGCAAAAGUCCUCUUUUCAGCUCAAAGAAACAGUGAACAAUCUCUCAAAUAAAAUCAAAGGAGGCACAGGGCGAGGCGGCACACCUGCAGUGGUCGAUGGAGUUUCAAAGGGGAUUUACAACGUGUGUGAACAAAGCAGCUACAGCAUUUAUGACUUGACUGAGUGUUACGGCCUGAAAGAGACGAACAUUUGAUGGACCAUAAAAGGGUGGUUUAUUUUCAAAAAGGCCUUUUGGACCAACAUUUGUGGUUCAAAAUCAAAACGAACACAAUACACGCUGAAUAGGGAUCAAUACAAGAGCUGUAUCAAAAAUCUGUCUUCAGAUAAGUAUGGCCAGUUUUUACAGUUUUUGGGUACAGUUCUUUUAUUUUUAAAAUGGUAAUUUUCCUGUGGCCAGUAUGUGUAGAUGACAGGUGGUUUUAGAAUGACAGCAGGAUUCCAGCACAAACAUGAAUUUAAAAGUAAAUUCUAUCCUUCACAUCCAUUAUAGAUUCAACACAUUGCUUCAUCUUGCUUGGUUCAUAUAUCAUUUUUUAUUAUCGUUUUAAUGUUGGUUCGUGUUGACAAUGCAAAUAAAGACAAGGUGGCUGUGUGGAAUUAGA